AUAAUGAUCUUCACCUGUCGAGACCAGUAGAAUUAGUUCGGUUUAGGUCGGAAUCUAGAACGGUAGUUUUUUUUAAUCAUUCAUCUUCUGCAAGAUCCGACCAGUCCACUAGUGAAUCGGUGUCAUCAUGACUGGAAGUGAAAUGCUAACUGCUGGCAUCGAGGAUGAAACGGAUCAUCUGAAGCGGGUCACGCUGGAACGAUCGGUGUCCGAUUAUAGUGAUAGAGAUGUACAGUGUGGGUUUUGGGUCUGCAGGGGAAAGUUCUGGCAGAAAUUGGCCAGCAAGAAGCUUUACGUACUAUUGUUCGGUGUGGUUGGAUGUUUGUUUGGAUCAACGACAUCGUAUUUCUAUGGAACGCUGACUACUGUGGAGAAAAGCAUUCAGAUAUCGUCUAAAAAUGCAGGAAUUAUCAUGGCGGGAUCGGAUCUAUCCUUCGUUCUCUCGUCGCUGUUUCUAUCCUAUUAUGCCGCAAACAGACGGAAACCACUUUGGAUAGCACUGGGAAUUACUAGUAUGGGUCUUUCGUGUUUCGUAAAUUCCCUUCCACAUUUCUUUUAUGGGCCAAAAUUGGAUGAUCUUUUGCAACAUGUGGUGAAUUCCACCAUCGGUGAAACGAAGGGGAAUGAUAAUCUGUGUAACGAAAAUCGUCCUCCACCGGACUGUUCGUUGGACAUUGGGAAUCUCAAGCCUCAACUGCUCUUAUUUUUGGGUAGCUUUUUAUCCGGAGUAGGCACAUCCUUGUAUUUUACUUUGGGGUUAACUUAUCUUGACGACAAUGUGCGAAAAGAAAAAGUUCCUUUCCUAUCGAGUUUGUCUGCGUUCGGCAGACGCCUGGGACCUAUGCUAGGCUUCUCAUUGGCGUCGUUGUGUCUGAAAUUUUUCGUCUUUCCUGACAUUGAUCCUGGCUACGGAACGACGGACCCACGCUGGAUCGGAGCCUGCUGGACUGGUUGGAUUGCUCUGGGAACAGCUCUGCUGAUCGUGGCACCUAUAUUCGCCGGGUUUCCAAAGAUCCUUCCUAGGGCGGCCGAACGGAAGUCACUGUCUAGACAAGCUAGCCGGGCUAGCGGGGCUCCGGUGGAAGAAGAUCGACCUGAGUCAUCGAUUAACGAUCUACUUGUUACGUUGAAACGACUGAUCACCAACAAAGCUUACGUACUGAACAACACGGCUGGAAUAUUUUACUUUUUUGGCUACAUGCCAUAUUUCCUGUUCCAGUCCAAGUAUAUCGAGAUUCAGUACCGUCUGACGCCAUCGCAAGCCAACAUGGUUACCGGCUCUGCCACUUUGGUUUUCUCUGCACUUGGGAUUUUAAUAGCCGGUGCCGUUAUCCAGAAAGUCAAACCCACUUCACGGCAUCUGGCGGCUUGGAACAUUUUCACCAGUAUUUGUUCCGCGGGUGGAAUCUUUCUCUAUUCAGUUCUUGGUUGCAAUAGUUUAAAUAAUACCUCAAUCGUUAGCAAUUCUCAAGGUGCGACAUGUAGUUUGGGCUGCAACUGUGAUUACGUUAAAUAUGCUCCGAUUUGCGGUAGCGAUGGCAACACCUAUCUGUCCCCAUGUCACGCCGGUUGCCGCGAUCAGUUCAAGCAGGAUAACGGAACAAUUUUUUACAGCAGUUGUUCUUGCAUCCAAAAUCCGCUCUAUGCGUCGUAUGCGUCGUUCCAAAGUCAACCGCUGAACAUGUCUCUGGAUGACAGUUGGGAACUUAAGCCGCUGGGCACCGCCAUUUCCGGAAGUUGUCCCGUUGACUGCAUGAACUCGUUUUAUCUUUUUCUGUUGGUGAUGUGUAUAACAAAAUUCAUCAGCGGAACCGAGUCGGCUGCCAACUUCUUGAUCGGGUUGCGGUGCGUCGAAGAACGGGACAAGGCUAUCUCGAUGGGAUUUUCCAUGGCGAUUAACACCUUGUUUUCGUUCCUGCCGGCACCGAUCGUGUUCGGACUAAUAAUCGACCGAACCUGCGUUCUGUGGGGACAAACAUGCUCCAAGCAGGGCAACUGUUGGUUGUACGAUGGAUUAUCGCUUCGGAAAUCAAUGAACUACACCGCAGCAGUGUUCGUCAUCAUUGGGACCUGUUUCGACGUCGGGACCUGGUGGUAUUCGAAAAAUUUUACGAUUUUUGAUGUAGAGGAAAAGCAAGUGCCCGACCGGGAUGUGGCGGACGUAGAGCCGCUCAACAAAGGCGGUGUAGAACAGAAGGAGCUCGAGGUUCUGAUUAACGUUACCAAAAAGUGAAAAAUAAAUAUUUACUUGACGCUUCCAUGCUUGCGGCAGGUCGAAAA